AUGACCCUCUUAGUACUUUACGCUGUCCUCUUCUGCGUUCCGUUUGUUUGCGCUUCACUCCCAAGUCUCAACGAUACCUAUAUCCAUACACUUGAUUCCAGCAACUUCUCACCCUCCGAUACCAGAACCUUGUGGGACAUUCUCUUGAGCUGUGGCUUAACUUUGUUUGCCUGCACAUGGACUGCCAUACAUCCAAACAUUCCGGGUGUUAACGAUGGGGUGGUUCUCAUUAUUUUCUAUCGUCUAUGCCUCAUGGUUGUAGCGUUGUUCAUCCCUGAAUUCAUGACCAUCUGGGCCAUGGCGCAGUUUCACUAUGCUCAGAGAGCUGCAAUGGAUUUCAAUCGUGGCUUUGGUGCUCAACGCGCCCAGUCCCAUAGCGACGAUCAAGCCAUAUGCCAGAGCGAGCGGGCAGUCACUGAAUGGACACUGACGCACGGGUUCUUCGCAUUGAUGGGUGGAUUCGUGCUGUACGUCAAGGGUGAGCCGCGGGCCACUCUUACACCCAGUGAACUCCGGGAGUUUGUCUACAAGGGAUACGUGGAGAUGCCUGUCAUUACGGAGGCAGAAAUCGAAGACCGGAGUAAGGGCGAUGGGCUAUACAAAUGCAUUGCUAUUCUCCAGCUGGUGUGGUUUGUCGUCCAGCUCAUCGCCCGUACUGCCCAGGGCCUCCCGGUAACGCUGCUCGAAAUUGACACCCUAGGCGUAGCCGCUCUGGCCUGCAUUGCCUACCCCUUUUGGUGGAAGAAGCCGAAGGACAUACGACGUCCUUAUAUUGUUCAUUGGAACUCGGAAGGCUGA